AUGGAUGGCUUCCAGGGCUACAGUGCUCGCCUCCCUCAAUUUGUUGCAUCCCUUCUCAAGGAACAUGGCGACAUUGCACACAUUGAAGAGGACAAGGUCAUGACCAUCUUUGAUACUCAGCCCAAGGCUCCUUCAUGGGGUCUGACUCGUAUUAGUUUCCGUGAUCAUCCCGACGCUAGUCAAAAAGUCUACUCCUACCCCAGCUCAGCAGGUACUGGCGUUAAUGCUUACAUUAUCGAUACUGGCGUGUUCAUCAAGCACCCCGAGUUCGAAGGUCGUGCUCAUCUAGGCAAAUCCUUUACCAAAGAUGGUAACAACGACGGUAAUGGUCACGGUACUCACGUUGCUGGUACAAUUGGAUCCAAGAGCUACGGUGUUGCCAAGAAUGUCACUCUGAUUGCUGUUAAAGUCUUGGAUAACCAGGGAUCUGGAACCACCUCUGAUGUGAUUGCUGGAAUUGACUGGGCUUCCAAGGAUGCCGCUGCAAAGAAUGGUAAAGACAAGCCUCUUAAAUCCGUUGCCAACAUGUCUCUUGGUGGUGGUGCAUCGGCUGCACUGGACAAGGCUGUCAAGGCUGCUACCAAAAACGGUCUCGUGUUUGCUGUUGCUGCUGGUAACUCUGGUCGUGAUGCUUGCUCUCUUUCUCCUGCUCGUGUUCCCGAAGCCAUCACUGUUGCUGCAUCCGACAAGAAUGACAACUUGGCUAGCUUCUCUGAACGUGGCAAAUGCGUUGAUGUUAUUGCUCCUGGAGUAGAUAUUACUUCUACCUGGAACAAUGGCAAGAUCAAUACCAUUUCUGGUACAUCCAUGGCCACUCCUCAUGUCGUUGGUGUUGUUGCUCUUGCGCUUGCCGAGGGCUCUUUUACUCAAGUCAAGGCAGUUCAUGACUACAUUAAGCUUGUGGCUUCCAAGGAUCGUAUCUCUGGCGAUCUUCGUGGUGCACCCAACUCCCUUUUGUACAAUAACGUUAUUGAUGGUGGCUUCCCCGAUGACGAGCCCAAGGAGCCAGAGCCUCAGCCAGAACCUGAACCUAUUCCUCCUAACGAGGGCGAAUGCCCUAUUCCACAGUGUCUUUUUGACCCAGAAUGUACAUCAUGCUGUGUUGAUUGCCUGUGGGCUGCAUUCCGUGUUUAA